GUAUUACCACGUCCUCUUCACCCACUUCUUGCCUGCUCCACUAAGGGACCUUGUGGAUGAGCUCUCAGAAUGUGAAGAUAUUUUGAUGAAUUUCCUUGUGGCUGAAGUCACCAAGCUUCCCCCCAUCAAAGUACCGCAGCGGAAGCAGCUCCAGGAGGUUCUCCAGCAUCCUCGAGGGGAGCAGCCUUCCAGGGACUGCAUCAGCAAGUUUGCCUCAUGGUUUGGCCAUAUGCCUCUGGUGCAUUCACAGCUCCGCUUGGACCCUGUUCUCUUCAAGGACCAGGUGUCUGUCCUGAGGAAGAAGUAUCGGCACUUGGAGAGACUUUAGGACCUGAGACACUGUCCCUGCCUGAGCUUUCCAAACUUCCCAAAAGCCUCGGGUGGUGGCAAAAGUAUCAGACCAGAAAGGUUUAACGGGGGACUUUCUCCUUUCCUCCAGAGCACCAGCCGGGGACAUGGUGGCGACGGGGCAUCAUAGUUUAAUAUGUGGAUUCCCGUCCUGACUCUUCUGCUUGCCACAUGUGGGCCCCGAGCAAAUCACCUACCCUUAGUUUCCUGGUCUGUACAAGAAGAGACCUGGACAGAUGACCUCUGAGGCCCCUCCCAGCUCUGAAUACAUGACCCGAUGAUGUCUCUCUUCUA